AUGAAGUUCUCGAUAUCCUCCGUAUUGGCCACUGCCACGGCCCUCCUCUCAUCGGCCUCUGUUGUUUCUGCUGCUGCAACAUCCACAGCUUCUGCUUCUUCCUCUUCCUCCUCUUCUUCUUCUUCCGUCCCUGAAAUCGUCAUCAAGGGUAACAAGUUCUUCUACUCAAAUAACGGAACUCAGUUCUUCUUUAAAGGUAUCGCCUACCAACAAGAACUCGCAAAUGCUACCUCAGAUACAACCUUCACAGACCCCCUGGCUGAUGGCACCGCUUGUGCUCGUGACUUGCCCUACCUCCUAGAGCUCAAAACUAACGUCCUGCGCGUCUACGCUGUCAACACUUCCCUCAAUCAUGACGACUGCAUUAACCUCUUUGCUGAAAAUGGUAUCUACAUCAUUGCCGAUCUCUCCGAACCUGGCCUCUCCAUCAACCGUGACUCACCAUCUUGGACUAUUGAUCUUUACUCCCGUUACACCUCCGUUAUUGACCAGCUCCAAGGUUAUUCAAACGUCCUCGGCUUCUUUGCCGGCAAUGAAGUCACAAACAAUAAUACAAAUACUGAUGCUUCUCCCUUUGUCAAGGCUGCAAUCCGUGACACUAAGGCUUACAUCAAGUCCCAAGGUUACCGCUCUAUCCCUGUCGGCUACUCCACUAAUGAUGAUGCCGACACCCGUGGCUACCUUGCAGACUACUUCAACUGUGGUUCCGAAGAUGAAAUUGCUGACUUUUACGGUAUUAACAUGUAUGAAUGGUGCGGUAGCACUGUUAACUUUGAAACUUCUGGUUAUGCUGACCGUACAUUGGAAUUUGAAAACUAUACUGUUCCUGUUUUCUUUUCCGAAUAUGGUUGCAAUGUCCCCCAGCCUCGUCAGUUUAAUGAUAUUCCAUCUCUCUACUCUACAAACAUGACUGAUACCUGGUCCGGUGGUAUUGUUUACAUGUACUUUGAGGAAUCCAACAAUUAUGGUCUUGUUUCUAUUGUUAACUCAAAGGUUUCUACCCUUUCUGACUUUAACGCCCUUUCUACUAAAAUCAAUGCCGUUUCCCCCUCUGCUUCUAACUCAGCCUCUUUUACCCCUACAAACACUGCUCAGCGUGACUGCCCUGCUUCCACUCUUGCCGACUGGAAAGCUGCAUCUGACCUCCCCCCCACCCCUAACCAAACUGUUUGCGAUUGCAUGGCCAACUCUCUUGAAUGCGUCGUUGUUGACAGCGUUGACGAGACUGACUAUGCCGAUCUCUUCUCUUACGUUUGCAACCAGAUUGAUUGUGGUGGUAUCACUUCUAAUGGUACCACUGGUGACUAUGGCUCUUACUCCUUCUGCUCUGCUAAGGAAAAGCUUUCUUUUGUUCUUAACUUGUACUAUAUCUCUCAAAAGAAGAGUGCUUCUGCUUGCGAUUUCUCUGCAAAGGCCACCACUGCUUCUACCCAGUCUGCCGGUUCUGUCUGUGCUUCUAUUGUCUCUGCUGCCGGCUCUUCUGGUCUUAACUCUAUUUCUGUCACUGUUACUGCCACUGGUUCUUCCUCUGGUUCUUCUGCCACUGGUUCUUCUUCUUCUUCCAAGUCUGGCUCUUCUUCUUCUUCUUCUGCUUCUGCUUCUGCCACUUCAAAGUCUCCUGCUCCUGCUAACCUUCCUGCUACUGUCAAUGUCUUUGGUGUCCAGACUGCAGCUGCUCUUUUUGCCGCUUUCUCCAUUGGCCUUGCUCUUGUUCUGUAA